GACGCUCUGGCACGCUUGCGCGGCGAAUAGAACGUGUGGCGGCGGCCGAGAUCGCGUCUCCUUUUUCGAUCCUAGUCCCGCUGCUGCUUCUGUGAGCACCCGGCGCGUCCGUCCGGUCUGUCGUCCGCAGCUCGUCGCCCGCCCGCUCCUUGCCGCGGCGGCCCCUCACCAACACCGACACCCACAUUGACACCUCCAAGCCGGCCCUCCGCCUUACUCGCUGUCUUUCCAUCUCCACACAUGGCCUCCUCCGCGCAGAGCGGCGGCUCCUCCGGGGGACCCGCGGUCCCCACCGUGCAGCGGGGCAUUGUCAAGAUGGUCCUGUCAGGAUGUGCCAUCAUUGUACGAGGGCAGCCUCGUGGUGGGCCUCCUCCAGAGAGACAGAUCAACCUUAGCAACAUACGAGCUGGAAACCUUGCUCGCCGGGCAGCUGCAACACAGCCAGAUGCAAAAGAUACGCCUGAUGAGCCCUGGGCAUUUCCUGCUCGAGAGUUCCUUCGGAAGAAGCUGAUUGGGAAGGAAGUCUGUUUCACGAUAGAAAACAAGACUCCCCAGGGACGAGAGUAUGGCAUGAUCUACCUUGGAAAAGAUACCAGUGGGGAAAACAUUGCAGAGUCUCUGGUUGCAGAGGGCUUGGCCACCCGGAGAGAAGGCAUCAGAGCUAAUAAUCCUGAACAGAAUCGGCUUUCGGAGUGUGAGGAACAAGCAAAGGCAGCUAAGAAAGGGAUGUGGAGUGAUGGGAACAGUUCACACACUAUCCGGGACCUCAAGUAUACCAUUGAGAACCCUAGGCACUUUGUGGACUCGCACCACCAGAAGCCUGUCAAUGCCAUCAUCGAGCACGUGCGGGACGGCAGUGUGGUUAGAGCCCUGCUCCUCCCAGAUUACUACCUGGUCACCGUCAUGCUGUCAGGGAUCAAGUGCCCAACUUUUCGACGGGAAGCAGAUGGCAGUGAAACACCGGAGCCUUUUGCUGCAGAAGCCAAAUUUUUCACAGAAUCUCGACUGCUCCAGAGAGAUGUUCAGAUCAUCCUGGAGAGCUGCCAUAACCAGAACAUUCUGGGUACCAUCCUUCAUCCAAAUGGCAACAUUACAGAGCUCCUCCUGAAGGAAGGUUUUGCACGCUGUGUGGAUUGGUCGAUUGCGGUGUACACUCGGGGUGCGGAAAAGCUGAGGGCAGCUGAGAGGUUUGCCAAGGAACGCAGGCUGAGAAUAUGGAGAGACUAUGUGGCUCCCACUGCUAACUUGGACCAAAAGGACAAGCAAUUUGUUGCCAAGGUGAUGCAGGUGCUGAAUGCUGAUGCCAUUGUUGUGAAGCUGAACUCUGGUGACUACAAGACCAUCCACCUGUCCAGCAUCCGACCCCCGAGGCUGGAGGGGGAGAACACACAGGAUAAGAACAAGAAACUACGUCCCCUGUAUGACAUUCCCUACAUGUUUGAAGCCCGGGAAUUUCUUCGAAAGAAGCUAAUUGGGAAAAAGGUCAAUGUGACUGUGGACUACAUUCGGCCGGCCAGCCCAGCCACGGAGACGGUGCCUGCCUUUUCAGAGCGUACCUGUGCCACUGUCACCAUCGGAGGAAUAAACAUUGCUGAGGCCCUUGUCAGCAAAGGUCUAGCCACGGUGAUCAGAUACCGGCAGGAUGACGAUCAGAGAUCCUCACACUAUGAUGAGCUGCUUGCUGCAGAGGCCAGAGCUAUUAAGAAUGGCAAAGGAUUGCAUAGCAAGAAGGAAGUGCCUAUCCACCGUGUCGCAGACAUAUCUGGGGAUACCCAAAAAGCAAAGCAGUUCCUGCCCUUUCUCCAGCGGGCCGGUCGUUCAGAAGCUGUGGUGGAAUAUGUCUUCAGUGGUUCUCGUCUCAAGCUGUAUUUGCCAAAGGAAACUUGCCUUAUCACCUUCCUGCUCGCAGGCAUUGAAUGCCCCAGAGGAGCCCGAAACCUCUCAGGCUUGGUGCAGGAGGGAGAGCCGUUCAGUGAGGAAGCAACACUUUUCACCAAGGAACUGGUGCUGCAACGAGAGGUGGAGGUGGAAGUAGAGAGCAUGGACAAGGCCGGCAACUUCAUCGGCUGGCUGCACAUCGAUGGUGCCAACCUGUCCGUCUUGCUGGUGGAGCACGCCCUCUCCAAGGUCCACUUCACUGCGGAGCGCAGCUCCUACUACAAAUCCCUGCUGUCUGCUGAGGAGGCCGCCAAACAGAAGAAGGAGAAGGUCUGGGCCCACUAUGAGGAGCAGCCCGUGGAGGAUAUGACGCCCAUGCUGGAGGAGAAGGAGCGCUCAGCCACCUAUAAGCCAGUGUUUGUGACUGAGAUCACCGAUGACCUGCACUUCUACGUGCAGGAUGUGGAGACAGGCACCCAGCUGGAGAAGCUGAUGGAGAACAUGCGAAAUGACAUCGCCAGUCAACCUCCUGUCGAGGGCUCCUACGUUCCCCGCCGGGGAGAGUUCUGCAUUGCCAAGUUUGUAGAUGGAGAAUGGUACCGGGCCCGAGUAGAGAAGGUCGAGUCUCCUGCCAAAGUACACGUCUUCUACAUUGACUACGGCAACAGAGAGAUCCUGCCGUCCACCCGCCUGGGUACCCUGCCGCCUGCCUUCAGCACCCGUGUGCUGCCAGCUCAAGCCACAGAGUAUGCCUUCGCCUUCAUCCAGGUGCCCCAAGAUGAGGAUGCUCGGACGGACGCCGUGGACAGCGUGGUGCGGGAUAUCCAGAACACCCAGUGCCUGCUCAACGUGGAGCACCUGAGCGCCGGCUGCCCCCACGUCACCCUGCAGUUUGCAGAUUCCAAAGGGGAUGUGGGGCUGGGCUUGGUGAAGGAGGGAUUGGUCAUGGUGGAGGUGCGCAAGGAGAAGCAGUUCCAGAAAGUGAUCACAGAAUACCUGAAUGCCCAGGAGUCGGCCAAGAGCGCCAGGUUGAACCUGUGGCGCUACGGAGACUUCCGAGCUGAUGACGCAGAUGAGUUUGGCUACAGCCGCUAAGGAGGGAACGGGUCCGGCCCCCAGCACCCCUCACGCCAGUACCUCUUCCUCUGCGAGGAGGGUGUUUCAGCUCCAGACCCCAGAUUGGGGGCGUAGAUUGGGUCCAGCUUUGCUUCAGUGUUUGGAAAUUUCUUAAUAGGGCACCAUCUGGGCUGGGGGUGGGGUGCAGGGAGCCUGCGGCUUUCAAGGACAGGCAUUUGUUUCUGAGAUGGGUGCUUCGGUCGGGCACACAGGGCACAGGAUUUAAGGAGGCACUCAGAGGGUGCAGUCUCUCCCAGUUGAUUUUCUGUUUGUAUUUGGAUGGGGAUUUCUGGUUUUUUUAAAAAUUAUUCUCAAAUCAGGAAGAAACAUGAAAGACUUUGUCCUAAAGGAGGGUGUGAUGCUGGCUCCCGCGGCCAGCUGGCACCCCACUUCUAUCCCAGACUGCCCUUCUUCCCAGAUCUCUCUCCAGCUGUUGAUUGUGAUUUCUCUGAUGCAUCCAUUCUCAAAUGCCACUGUGUUCACAUCCACCCCUUCGCCAGCUCUCCCCUUUUCUGUAUUUAAAGCUUUUGAGGCACAAUAAAAUAGUACAUGCUGUCUGUAGCCCUUGUUGGUCAUGGUGGAGCCCAGAAACUGGGAUCUCAGCAGCCCCAGCCAGAGUGACUCCUGGGGUCUCCAUCCACAUGCUUGGCGAGACCUGCAGAAACAGCCGUGACUGUGUCCAGCUCCUCAUGGGGCCCAAGAAGUCAGCAGGAGUGUAGAUCAUGAAUCUCCAUCUGUCCUCUUUCCUGGAGAAGCCGCUCUUCCCCACAGCAGGCAAGCCCACUGUCGCCAUGGUCUCUCACUUUAUUCUUACCCAUCGUGGAAGCUGGUCAUAGAGAAGAGAAUGCCCAUCAGUGGGAGCUGGGCAGCUUCUGAGCUCUGCACAGCUCUGAGAGUAUGGUGGGCAUCACCUUGACACCCUGGCCUCCACGCAGAAGACUGCUGAUCUUCUCUUUUGACUCCUCAUCAUUCUGGACCCACUGCAUGUGGCUGCUCUGAAGGACUGUAGAGACUGGAGCAGCUCGGCAAGCAGUGCCCAGACCACAUGCACAGGAAAGGCCAGGCCAGGCCAGUACCGCCAGGUGCGGGUGGGAAGUUGCGAGCCCUGUCAGAGCCCCAGCAGCGGGCCAAAGGGCGUCGUUGAGGGGAAUGAGGUGGUUUCCCUCUUCCUGGUAGCAGGAGGAACGCUGGCUCCAGGCAGGGUGGCGUGGCACAGUUGAGAUCGAGGGCGCCGGCCCCUGCUCAGCUGGGGAGUGGAGCUGGAGGGCAGCGCUCCAAGAGGGGUCAGCACUGCUCGUUGAGGAGCGCUUGUCUCCAGAUUAUUUGCUCUUGCUCCGUUUGACUUCACACAGGGUCCCCCAGUCCUCAAGGUAGAACUUGCCAUGGAGUUCAGAAACCCUAGGCUGCUGUUUGCCCUGAGGGAGGAGCGAGGUCCCAGGGCGGCCCCUGUGGUGUGUAGCGAGGAGCCCAUUGUGCUGCUCAGGGAGGGCCAGGGAGAGAAUGUAGGUGUGUUGAUGGGAGGUCACCACUCUACCGUCCACUGUGUCCAGGAGAUUGGCCUGUGUUCUGGUGGAACGGGCGCCUCUUCCUGGCAGCCCUACUUGCCACCCCGCAUUUUGAUCUGCGGUGAGGCUCCAGCUGCCACGGGGGAUUGGUCCCUCGCCCUGGGGCAAGUCAGUGGAAGCUGUGGGGCCUGGCUAGCCGCCUCUCAUUUUUAACCCAGAGGUCCUAAGCCUCUGAAAUUCCUGCCUCCUGGUGGCUCUUCCCCCACAUCGACUUGUUCAGUCCCAGGUUUCACCUGGAUUUCUCCCCAAUACUCCUGUUUGUAGGCCAAAAAAAAAAGUGUGCUUCCAGUACUUGGGGUGCACUCUGGUUAAAGGGAACAGUGAGAGGUGCGGGGGGCGGUCAGCACAGCUCCAGAGACCACUGCACUCCCCUCCUCCGAAGACUCAGUUUCUGUCUACAGCCCCUCUGGGUGGGUAGGACGCGUUCUUUAGCUCCUCGUACCAGCUCGUCACGGGGCACCAGAAGUCAGCAAGCAGGAGAGGGAUGAUGAAUUGUGUGAAUCUCCAUCCAUCCCUACUCCUAGAGAACGUGCCCUAUCCCCCACCCUCCUCCCCAGCAGGCAAGCCCACUCUCACCGUGGUCUUGUUUUAUUCCAUCACGAGGAGGAGAAUGCCUGUCUCACCCAUUUCUCUACUUUCUGGUAGGGCCUCAUGGCGUGUAUUCACUUGAGCACAAUUGGCAGGGGGGCAACAUGCCAGCCCACUCUUUUGUGAAAGGUCUGGAGUCAAUUCGUCUUAACUGUUGCCUUGGUUACAUCUGUGCCAAAAUAAACCCUCUGUGGUUCUCCAAAUGAAA